GCGCUUUUCAGGAGUCAGGAGACCCACGGGACAGCCCAGUAUAAAUAGGACCCUCUCCCUGCAACUUAGCUGCUGGACUGUAGCCAGCCUUCAUCAACACUCCAUCCCAUCUCAUGGCCAUCUGCCUGCAAGUGUAGAUGAGCAGGAUAGGAGACCAUCUUAUAAGUUUGCUAAGGGGAAAAGGAGCUCCUCUUUCAGAAGAACAAGAAGAAGGGUCAGACUGAGAGGCUUGGAGCAGACUCCCUGGAGAAACAAUAUCCCACUCCUUCAAAAUUCCUAUUUUCCAUAGAACAGUGGAUGCAGCUACCACCUACACACUCACCACCACCAACACCACCACCCCCACCACCAGAAUGGACUCAGAGAUCCUUAUCAGUGCCGUCACGAAUGCCCAAGCCCUCAUCAAACACUCCUCCCUGAACCCCCAACCGAGCUUCCCUCGACACCAUCAGUUGGGCUGUGCAGUCGUCAUCUGCGCCUGCUUCGAAUCCACUGCUGAAACCGAUCUGCUCGCUAGCGUCUUCAAGAAACCGGCCUCACUGAACUACCAGACCCUUUUCAACGCGAUCAAGCAGCCCAAAUCUCUGGAAACCGUUCGGCACGAUUUAGUGAGCGGGAAAUAUGAAUCAGCUAGGUCUUUCUACAUUGACUUGAAGUCGGUUUACAGCACCCUCGCCGUCCUCUCUCAAAUCUCUCCCUCCAUCUGGAAAGCUGCCCAACACAUGGACAACUUUACGGAUGAAGCAUGGAUGACGGUAGUCUCAUUACAAGCGGAAAAAGUCGAAAACGGGGAACUAGAGAAUCCGUUACCGGAUGCCGAGCAUUUAUUCGAGAAGGACGAAGCAGGAUCGCGACCGUUAUGUUUAACCGAGGCAUUACUGGAGGACAUACUGGAGAGUUUAUCGAGCCGGUUGACGACAGCGGCGCGGGCCCAACUGCCGUCGAACCGGACCGGGGGAGGUCCACCACGACUGAUCCUUCCGGACCCCAACACUACUAUGGGGCCUUCUUCAUCCGCCGAGCCUGACCCAGACAUCGAAGUCGUCUAUCCUCCACUCGUCUCCCGCAAACGCCAACUCACCCCUGACCUCUGUCCCCAUCCGCCCUCCCCUUCCUCCCUCGAUCAUCUCCCCUCCGAAAAACGCUCCCGUCUCUCCGCUGAGUUCGAGCUCUCAUAUGACCCCGGUUGGUUGCCGCCCGUCGAACGCAUCAAUCUGCCUAAAGCUCUCUCCCUCCUCCUCGACUUACUGGCUAUCAUCUUGGAUCAUCCGCGGAUGCGGAUUUUGGAUCCCCAAAGAACAGUCAAACGGCGUCUCGAACAGCCGCUCGAAAGACUGCGCCAGACGAUCAACGAGGAGCCUGAGCGCCUGGACUCGUUGAGGACGAUCGACCAAUCGAUCUACGCGAUCAUCCUGGACGCCAAGCAAAGUCUCCCAGACGAGCUGAAUGGGACUGACCUCGAAGGAGCCGACGAGACAGAAGUAUCAAACCACGACCAGGCCGAAGAUGCCGAAGAAAACAACAGCAAGAAGAAGAAGAAGAAGAGGAGGAAGGAGAUGAUGCUUCGGCGGACAAAAGAGGGCUGGAAACGGACGAGUCUUUGUCUCCAACGGAUCUACAACGAGGUCUACAAGCUCGAUUUUGCCCACUAUUGCAAGACCUUCUCGGUCCCGCCGACGGAGGAGGAGGAGCUCAACGAGGCCCGGAUCCAUGCGGCCCAUCUCGACGUCUUCCGACGCACUCUCAACCGUCUCGUCCGAGCCAACGUCGCCCUCGAUCUGUCUACGAGCCUCCUUACUUCGCAGGAGGAGGAGCAAGAGGAGGGAGAGGGGGAGACUGGUAUUGCGAAGGGAGAAGAUGAAGCUUACAUCCGUCUUGCCCUCAAAGAAGAACAAGAACAACAACAAGAUGAUGAUGAUGAUCAACAGCAACAAUUAGAGAUUGAAGAGGAAUCUAGAAGCGCCAAACGACGGGCAGAGAUCUUGAACGGGUUCCUCAAUCCAUCUUCUUCCUCCUCCUCCACCACCACCAUCGGGCCUCGCUCCUCCUCCAACAAAAUCACUAAACUCGCCACCGUGCGCUUCAAAACUUUCACCCUCAAACUCGGCGACUGGGUCCGCUUGUUCGACCCGCUUCAUCCCGCUAAACCCCUCGUCGCUCAGCUCUUCGAACUGUCCCUCGCUGGAGCUGAUCCGCCUUCUCAUCCCGAUCCUAGCUCCAAUUCAAAUAGGAGGAGACGGUCGAGCGGACAGAUAUACCUGACCGUGUCGCGAUACCUGAGGGCCAGUGAUAUCCCCGCGUCGUCCGAGCACCGGUUCUUCGCUAAGGAAGUCUUCCGAUCGGCUUCCUUCCAAGUCCAUCCCAUCGAGGAUCUGUUGGAUUGUUGUGCGGUUUUGCAUUUGGAUGAUUAUUUGCAAGGACGACCGAGGAUAUCGGAUGGGAUCUCGACGACCCAUUUCUGCCGAUACGGAUACAACCCGAUCCUGCAACGGUUCACGAGUCUUUCAGCGGCCGAGUUUGGACGCAGCAUGGCACCGGGCUAUCAGAAGCCCGAGCUGGUCGACUUGCCCAACCGUCUGACCACCGAUCAACUCAAGGUCCAGAAAAUCCACCCGCUGCGCUCCCCCGUCUUCAGACUCAAGUCGCUCCAUCAGGACCUUCUUCCCGAUCAUGACCGGCUCCUCUUCCGCGCUCAAUCUGACCCCUCCGCUCUCCACUUCUCCUCCUCUUCUCACCCCUCCAAUCAUCCCCGUCGAUCCUCGGAAUUCAAUCCUCGUUCGAAUACCAGCUUGCCUUCUCCAACCGCCCUGCUAGAUCCUAGCCUCACAGCCCCUUCCGGAUCAACAACCGAGCCUCUCCCGAUCCUCAGCUCUACCCACCUCUCCAUUCAGCCUUCCGCUACUGAUGCUCACCCUCCUCCUCCUCAUCCUGAUUCAUCCGACGAAUCGCUCGACAAACCCGUUCAGAAUAUUGGCGGUCUUGCUUUUGGGAAGUUGCAGCUCGAGGUGAAGGACCAACAGCAACAGCAACAACAACAGCAACAACAGCAGCAGCAAAUUCAACAACACCAACAGCAGCAGCAGCAAAUUCAACAACAAAUGCAGCAGCAGCAGCAGCAGCAGCAACAGCAACAGGCGCAACAAGAACAACAACGACAACAGCAGCAACUACAACAAGUGCAGCAUAUACAACAAAUGCAGCGACAAAGACAACAAGAAAAUCUUCAACAACAACUCCAACGGCAGCAACAACAGAAGCAGCACCUACGCGAACAGCAAAAGAUUCAAGAGCUACAGCGACAGCAGGGUAUACCCGUCGAUCCACUUCACGUUGCACAGAAUCAUCUGCCAGACAGAUCGCGGGAAAGAACAGCCAUUCAUGGCUCUCGACCGGUCCCACUCCCUACUCCGGCUGCAGCUAAGCAGCAAUACGCAUUACUCGAUCGUCAAUAUGUGCCCGCCCAGCAACGACCUUCAACGCAACAACAACAAACAGGGCGAGCUGGUCCUUUUGUUCAAAGGCCACAGCAAUCUCAAACCCCACAGCACUCGCCACUCCAAACGCAUAUUCCAUUACAACAGCAACAAGCUCAACCUCAACACCAGACCCAUCCAUCCCAACUGUUUGAAAUGCAUCCACAAGGAUCUUCUCAGCAUCACUCAGGGCGUUCAAGCUUACACUUUUCACCACACUCGACUCAUGUUCCAAUCAGUCAACCUGUUGGCCAACUCACCUCUCCACGACUCCCACUUGGCACUCCUAAACACUCUCCCCAUCAAUCCACUCUGCAGCUUUCAUGUCCCCCUGGACGUGGAGGAUCGUAUCCCUCGGUGCCUAGUGGGACGAUGACCAAUGGAGAAUCACCCAGAGUAGGCUUGAACAGUAGCCCGACAGGGCCGAGCCGGGAGGCGCGAGUAGUGUCUAUCAACCCAGUCGAUCCGCCGGGACAAGCUGUUUCUAGGAGUCCGACUCUUGGCCCACAUCAUCAUCAGCAUCGCACUUCGCAGCACGCGCAGAUGACCCGACACAUGGUCGGACUCGGAUCGACGCCGACGUCAACAACAACAGCAACGACGGGCUCGAUGGACCCGGCCCUGAAAUGGCUCAGCUCGGUUCUGGAGUAUGUCCCCCCUGGCCACGAAGCGGUGGACAUCCCGCUCGGAUGGCUCUACAACGAGUUCCAUAAACAUUGCGCUCGGCUCCCUGGCGACUAUGGCAUCUCCAUCUCCGCCUUCGCUGAGAAAAUCCUCGCCGCUUUCAAUCGCACUCCCAAUCAGCCCAUCGUCUCUAUCAUCGGCACUCACGCGUCCUCCGCCGCCGCCGCCCCCUCUACCUCGCAAACCACUCUCAUCAAAGGCCUCAGACUCCGCAGUCAUCAUCAGGUAUCCUCUGCUCAUCUUCCGCAGCGUCAAUCUGCUGAUGGUGUUACUAUGAUAGAGGGUCGAGUGGAAGGACGUCCCCUGACUAGGGACGAAUCGGUGGUCUCGGUCAAUGACGAACAUAAGAAUCUGAGAGACGGGUCGAGACACGAAGCGCAUCAGGAAUUUCCUGCUUCUUAUCAUCAAUCGAUCGAGCAACAUCUCGAGAGACAACAGAAAGAGAUCGAGAGCAUCAGGUCUGACGUACAAUGGAUCAAAGGGUUUUUAGCCAACCAACAGAAGACGCAAGACAAAGUGGUUGCUGGGCAGCAACAGAUCCUGGCCUCUUUGCAGCAACAAGUCCGGCUACAAACCAACAUGCUCCAGCAACAAGUCUUCCAUCCCAGCUCGGCAUCCUCCGCAGUAGUCGCAGCGGCAGCAGCAGGGGCGGGAGGCGGCCAGGUCCAAAGCCUCGGCCAAACCGGCGGCUCGCCUCCUACGCCCACCAAUCCGGGCGCGCAUCCGCCGCUCAAAUCUCAUCUCGCACAGCCCCAGUAUGCCGACCCUUACGUCCGCCAACACCAUCAUCAGCAACAACAACAACAACAACUUAAACAUCAGCAGCAACAGCACCAUCUCCAUUCGAAACAACAGUAUCAUCUUCAUCAGCAACAACAACAGCAACAAUUAUUCGCUUCUCAGCACUCUCCCCCGCCCAAAAUCGGAUCCCCUUUGCUCCUCCCUCCGAACGCUGAUAAGGCCCAAGAGCCGGCCCACAUCGUCUCCCCUUACAAUCAGUUCCAUCGGUGAUCUGCCAGUUACUUUUCGGGCUGGGUUCGGGGUUCAUUUUUUUUUUUUUUGGUUUUUCGUAACUUAUUUCUUAACUUAUUUCGUAACUUAUCGAUUUCUUUCUUUGGUUUCAUCGCUUGUUUCUUUCUCUCUUUGCUUAUUUCUUUCGCCUUCUUUGAAUCUUGAUCUCCUUCUUUAAAUCUUGAUCUCCUUCUUUGAAUCUUGGGCUCUGUUCUUCCCAUCUCUCCCCCCUUUUUUUCUUCCUUUUUUUGGUUUUAGAUGGGGUGAUGGGUGAUCACACUAGAUAUAUAUAUAGAUCAAAUAUUUGAAGUAAACUAGAUCAGAUUAGAUAUCACAUUCCUAAUGUAUUUCUCUCUUUCUCUCUCUCCUUGACAAAAAAAAAACAAAAUCAUUUUUGGUUAAUUUUUUUAGAUGAUUUCAAGUUAUCCAUUUGUUUAUGUAGUGGGUAUGUCGUUUCUUGGGAUCACCAUGUACAUACAUAUAUAUGUCUCAAACACACACACACACACUCAUUCAAAUCCCCACACUCCUUUAUGGUACACAAACACACACCAUCAACACCACCAAGACACACAAGAUUAUUUAUUCACUUGCACACACCGACGUCUCAACAGCUCCCAAGAUUGUCCACAAACCAUCCACACACACACCUGAACACACAACAGCAACUCAGCAGAUUUAUUCACACCCAAAGAUCCCUUCCUAUUUUUUUUCUUGGAGUUCAUCUAUUUUAAGGGAUUGAUCCUGUUCACCACAAAAAUAAAAAAUUGGCUUCUCUGUCUUGACUUUUCUCAUUUUCUGAUCUUCUUGGAGAAUUUCUAACCCCCUUAUAUAUAUCAUCUAUCAGUGAUUGCUCUAGAUACCUACCCC